UUCAUGAUCCUAGAUUUGAGUGUGAGUUUUGAAUUCAGAUACAAUCUAGAGAAUCAGUUGUUUUAUGUUUAAGUAGUAAUUAUUAAGCUACAUUGAGAGUGUGUUCUUAUUGUCUGCUGUCUUCAGGGAUGAGGAUAGACUUGAAGGGGGAAAGGAGGAUUAAGUAUGUAAAUACGUGGAAUGCUUCAAGGUCUGGGAUGUAGAGUGUUUGCCUGGCAUGUAGGAAGCCCCACACCACAUAACAAGUAUGGUGGUACAUACUUGUAAUCCUGACACUUAGGAAGUAGACAGAGAGAGAGAGAGAGAGAGAGAGAGAGAGAGAGAGAGAGAGAUUCUUUCAAAUGGUAAGUAAUAGAAAAGCCCUUGAUCUAAAUUUACACAGAUCUUUUGAUUGUUUAGCAGGUACCAUCUAAAGGCACUGGUUUAAAUCCUAAUGCCAAAGUAUGGCAGGAACCUCCUUCUGGGAAUCCUGAUGGCACUCCUGUAACUGAAAGCUCUUGGCAUGGAACUGCAGCCACCUCUGGGUCUCAUCCUGAGGGUAGUGCAGAACUUUCAGAAGAUAUGUGCAAGGAAUAUGAAGUAAUGUAUUCUCCAGCUUGUGAACCCACAAGAAAUACUGCAGACAUCGAAGAGUCAGCUGAUGGAGUGAUUUUAGGACCUGAAGAUCUGGGUUACCAAAUAUAUGAUGUUUCUGGAGAAAGCAGUUCAACAGUUUCUACAGAAGACUUAAAAGAAUGUCUGAAAAAGCAAUUAGAGUUCUGUUUUUCACGAGAAAAUUUAUCGAAGGAUCUUUACUUGAUAUCUCAAAUGGAUAGUGAUCAGUUCGUCCCAAUAUGGACAGUUGCCAACAUGGAAGAAAUAAAAAAACUGACCACAGAUCUGGAUUUAAUUCUUGAGGUGUUGAGAUCUUCCCCUAUGGUACAAGUUGAUGAGAAGGGCGAGAAAGUGAGACCGAGUCAUAAACGUUGUAUCGUAAUUCUCAGAGAAAUUCCUGAAACAACACCAGUAGAGGAAGUGAAAGCUUUGUUUAAAAGUGAAAACUGCCCCAAAGUGAUAAGCUGUGAAUUUGCACACAACAGCAACUGGUACAUCACUUUCCAGUCAGACACAGAUGCACAGCAGGCUUUUAAAUAUUUAAGAGAAGAAGUUAAAACAUUUCAGGGCAAGCCAAUCAUGGCAAGGAUAAAAGCCAUUAAUACAUUUUUUGCUAAGAAUGGUUAUCGAUUAAUGGAUUCUAGUAUGUAUACUCAACCCAUUCAGACUCCAACCCAAUACCCCUCACCAGUCUUUAUGCCGCCAGUGUAUAACCCUCACCAGCAGUACUCAGUGUAUAGUAUUGUGCCUCCAUCUUGGUCUCCAAGUCCUGCACCUUACUUUGAAACACCACUGGCUCCUUUUCCAAAUGGUAAUUUUGUGAAUGGCUUUAGUUCACCGGGAUCUUAUAAAACAAACGCUGCUGCUGUGAAUAUGGGCCGACCAUUCCAAAAAAAUCGUGUGAAACCUCAUUUUAGGUCAUCCAGUGGUUCAGAACACUCAACAGAGGGCUCUGUGUCAUUGGGGGAUGGACCAUUGAGCAGAUCUAGUUCAAGGAACUUUCUCUCGGAACGGCAUAACCCUACAGUAACAGGGAAUCAAGAACAAACUUACCUUCCAAAGGAGGCUCCCAUUUUACAGAUGGAACAGAAUGGGGACUUUGGUAGAGGCAGGAGAACGCUUUUCAGAGGUCGGAGACGAAGAGAAGAUGACAGGAUCCCAAGACCCCAGCCUUCAACACCUGAAGCGAAGGCUCCAACACCAAAGUUUGACUUAUUAGCUACAAAUUUUCCUCCUUUACCUGGAAGUUCGUCAAGAAUGCCAGAUGAACUUGUUUUGGAGAAUAGAAUGUCUGAUAUUGUUAAAGGUGUCUGCAAAGAAAAGGACAGUGAAGACUUGAGAGUUAGUUGCCCAGUGCCUGCAGAGGAUGAACAGACUGACUGUGCUUCUGCCCAGCAACUCAGCAGAAGUCCUGGUCCUUCCUGUACAGCUGAGCCUCCUGCGUUAAGCACAACUCAGCAAGAGAAGGAUCAGAUGGAGGAUUCUGCAGUUCCAAAGGAUGGUCUCAGUCAGAUGACUGUACCUGUUUCUUCUCCAGCUACUACAAAGCCAUCAAGGGCAGACACUGCUUCACCUUGCAAUAGUAACGUAAAUACACCCACAGCUGUGAGUCUCCAGGAACCUCGAAAGUUAAGUUAUGCUGAAGUGUGUCAGAAGCCUCCUAAAGAGCCAUCUCCAGUUCCUGUACAGCCACUACGGGAACUUCGAUCCAAUGUCGUGUCUCCCACCAGAAAUGAAGAGAACGGAGCUCCUGAGAAGCCUGUUGAAAAAGCACAUGAGAAACCAGAAACAAGGGCUAGUAAGGAUCAUUGUGGCUUCCGCGGCAAUACCAUUCCCAGGGGAGCAGCUGGAAAAAUCAGGGAACAGAGACGCCAGUUUAGCCAUAGGGCUACACCUCAGGGAAUGACUCGACGUAAUGGGAAGGAGCAGUUCGUGCCACCCAGAUCACCAAAGUAAAAACAAACCGUAAC